AUGAAGCUGUCUGGACAAAUCAACAAGCUUAUAACAGUAAGGGCUCGACCACUCUCUUCCAAUUACAGUACACUACAGGAUCGGGUCCACAGGCAACGCAGUGCAGGUUUGACGGAAUCCUCAGAAAAUCAACCUCAUAAAGAUGGUGCAGCUGUAUCCAGGCGUCUAAUAGGAGAAAAUAUUUCUCGAAAGGACAGAAUUAGCUUUCUUAUCAACUUACUUAUGGAUCUCGGUGAUGAUAAAGAAGCUAUAUAUGGGGCCCUUGAUGCUUGGGUUGCUUGGGAACGGAACUUCCCUAUUGGCCCGUUGAAGAACGUAUUACUUGCUCUCGAGAAAGAGCAACAGUGGCAUAGAAUAGUCCAAGUUAUUAAAUGGAUUCUGAGUAAAGGGCAGGGCACCACGAGGGGAACAUACGGGCAGUUGAUCCGAGCUCUAGAUAUGGACCAUAGAGCAAAAGAAGCACAUGAUAUCUGGAUGAAGAAACUUGCAUCGGAUUUACAUUCCGUUCCUUGGAAGUUGUGUGAUCUUAUGAUAUCUAUUUAUUAUCGUAAUAACAUGCUCGAGGAUCUUGUGAAGCUGUUCAAAGGCUUGGAAGCAUUUGACCGGAAACCCCAGGAAAAAUCGAUCGUGCAGAAAGUAGCCGAUGCAUAUGAGAUGUUGGGAUUACCUGAAGAGAAGGGACGGAUACUGGAGAAAUACAAGGAUUUGUUCACCGAUACAGGUAAUGAUCGACCCAAGAAAUCCGGCCGCGCCUCUUCCCCCAAUAGAAGAAAAUCUGGGCAAAAGGGGAUCAAGGGUUGA